UUGACGUCCGCCCGUCGGGUGGCCUCAGCGGCGCAUGCGUGCUCCCGAUGCCGGUGGAGGAGGGGAAGGGAAGGGAGGGGGAGGAGGCGCAGGAGCGGCGGCUCUAGCGGUGGAUUUUUUUUUUUUUUUUUCAUAUGGUGAGUGGGGGGCGCAACUCACAGCCCCAGGUGCUGCUUUUGCUGGGAGCCGCGGCGUCUCCGGAACGCGGCCGGGUGGUUGGUUCCGAGUCACCGCCAGACUCCAGGGUGGGGGAGGGAGGCGGCCAGAGCGGCGGGGCACAGGUGAAUGACAAGCACAAGAAGGAAGGAAACUUUUACGGUGAUUGAUUGGACUAUCACGCUGAUUCCACCCCCCUCUUCAAAUCACAAUAAAGCUGCUGGAAUUUAGAAGCUGAUUCUGUCACAUUAUAAGAUGCCUUUGGAUAAUUCUGCAUUCUUCUUAGACGAUUCUUUAUAUCUUGCAUGUGUAUUAUAAAGUGCAUAAGUCCUGAGUACCAUCUUGAUGAAAGUUUAUGAAGUCAAAACUUGUCUAAUCAAGAUCAAGAUAUAAAAUAUUUUCAUCAACCCUGGAGCCUCCUUCAUUUCCCCUGACAAUCAUCACACAUUCCCAAAGAAUUCUGACACUGAUGGUCAACCUUACUGGAAGACUACAUUACAGUGUUCUGAAGAAUCAACUUCAAAAUACUAAAAACAAGACAAAAGGAGAAAUACAAAUGUCUACCACAAGACGAAAACGUAGUAUGUUAUGUUGCUUACCAUAAGCUGUAGUAAAAUGAGCUCAAUUGUUGACAGAGAUGAUGGUAGUAUUUUUGAUGGGUUGGUUGAAGAAGAUGACAAGGACAAAGCAAAACGAGUAUCAAGAAACAAAUCUGAAAAGAAACGUAGAGAUCAAUUUAAUGUUCUUAUUAAAGAACUGGGAUCCAUGCUUCCUGGUAAUGCUAGAAAGAUGGACAAAUCUACUGUUCUACAGAAGAGCAUUGAUUUUUUACGAAAGCAUAAAGAAAUCACUGCACAGUCAGAUGCUAGUGAAAUUCGACAGGACUGGAAACCUACAUUCCUUAGUAAUGAAGAGUUUACACAAUUAAUGUUAGAGGCUCUUGAUGGUUUUUUUUUAGCAAUCAUGACAGAUGGAAGCAUAAUAUAUGUGUCAGAGAGUGUAACUUCAUUACUUGAACAUUUACCAUCUGAUCUUGUGGAUCAAAGUAUAUUUAAUUUUAUCCCAGAGGGUGAACAUUCAGAGGUUUAUAAAAUACUUUCUACUCAUCUGCUGGAAAGUGAUUCAUUAACUCCUGAAUAUUUAAAGUCAAAAAAUCAGUUAGAAUUCUGUUGUCACAUGCUUCGAGGAACAAUAGACCCAAAGGAGCCACCUACCUAUGAAUAUGUGAAAUUCAUAGGAAAUUUCAAAUCUUUGAAUAGUGUACCUACUUCAGCACAUAAUGGUUUUGAAGAAACUAUUCAAGGCACACACAAGUCUUCAUAUGAAGAUAGAAUUUGUUUUGUAGCUACUGUAAGAUUAGCUACACCUCAGUUCAUCAAGGAAAUGUGCACUGUUGAAGAGCCUAACGAAGAGUUUACAUCUAGACAUAGUUUAGAGUGGAAGUUCCUAUUUCUAGAUCACAGGGCACCACCGAUAAUAGGAUAUUUGCCAUUUGAAGUUCUGGGAACAUCAGGCUAUGAUUACUAUCAUGUGGAUGACCUAGAAAAUUUAGCAAAAUGUCAUGAACACUUAAUGCAAUAUGGGAAAGGCAAAUCAUGUUAUUAUAGGUUCCUGACUAAAGGACAACAGUGGAUUUGGCUUCAGACUCAUUACUAUAUCACUUAUCAUCAGUGGAACUCAAGACCAGAGUUUAUUGUUUGUACUCACACAGUAGUAAGUUAUGCAGAAGUUAGGGCAGAAAGACGACGAGAACUUGGCAUUGAAGAGUCUCUUCCUGAGACAGCUGCUGACAAAAGCCAAGAUUCUGGAUCUGAUAAUCGUAUAAAUACAGUCAGUCUCAAGGAAGCACUGGAGAGGUUUGAUCAUAGCCCAACUCCUUCUGCUUCCUCCCGGAGUUCAAGAAAAUCAUCUCACACAGCAGUCUCUGACCCUUGCUCAACACCAACGAAGAUCCCAACGGAUAACAGCACUCCUCCUAGACAACAUUUACAAACUCAUGAAAAGAUGGUACAAAGGAGGUCAUCAUUUAGUAGUCAGUCCAUAAAUUCCCAGUCUGUUGGCCAGUCAUUAACACAGCCAGUGAUGUCUCAAGCUGCAAAUUUACCAAUUCCACAAGGCAUGUCCCAGUUUCAGUUUUCAGCUCAAUUAGGCGCCAUGCAGCAUCUGAAAGACCAGUUGGAGCAACGGACACGGAUGAUAGAGGCAAAUAUUCAUCGACAACAGGAAGAAUUAAGAAAAAUCCAAGAGCAACUUCAAAUGGUCCAUGGUCAAGGACUUCAGAUGUUUUUACAACAGUCAAACCCUGGAUUGAAUUUUGGUUCUGUUCAACUUUCUUCUGGAAAUUCAUCUAACAUCCAGCAACUUUCACCUAUAAAUAUGCAAGGCCAAAUAGUUCAAACUAAUCAAAUUCAAAGUGGAAUGAAUACUGGACACAUUGGCACAACACAACAUAUGAUACAACAGCAGACAUUACAAAGUGCAUCAAAUCAGCAGAGUCAACAAAAUGUACUGAGUGGGCACAGUCAACAGACAUCUCUUCCCAGUCAAACACAGAGCACUCUGGCAGCUCCACUGUAUAACACUAUGGUAAUUUCUCAGCCAACAGCAGGAAGCAUGGUCCAGAUUCCAUCUAGUAUGCCACAAAACAGUACCCAGAGUGCAGCAGUCACUACCUUCACUCAGGACAGACAGAUAAGAUUUUCUCAAGGUCAGCAACUUGUGACCAAGUUAGUAACUGCCCCUGUAGCUUGUGGGGCAGUCAUGGUACCUAGCACUAUGCUUAUGGGUCAGGUGGUGACUGCCUACCCUACUUUCGCUACACAACAGCAGCAGUCACAGACAUUAUCAGUCACACAGCAGCAGCAGCAGCAGCAGCAGAGUUCCCAAGAACAGCUAACUUCAGUUCAGCAACCAUCUCAGGCUCAGCUGACCCAGCCACCACAGCAAUUUUUACAGACUUCUAGGUUGCUCCAUGGGAAUCCUUCAACUCAGCUUAUCCUCUCUGCUGCAUUUCCACUACCACAGAGCACUUUCCCUCAGUCACAUCACCAGCAACAUCAGUCUCAGCAACAGCAGCAACUGAGUCGGCACAGGACUGACAGUCUGAGUGAUUCUGCCAAGGUUCAACCACAGUAGCACACACACCACCCCUGUGACCUCAAGAGAGGAAAAGAUUGGCCCAUAAAGAGUUGCUCUGAUAAUCUGAUAGGAGUAGAAGUUCUAGCAGUUUCAUCAGGAGAUGCAGUAUUUGGGUGUUCUAGUUCCUGGAAGCAGUUAGCAGAGAAAAUGCUGCCAAGUGCUAGCCAACAAGAGAUGUUCAUAGGGCCUAGCCAAUUGUGACAGUGUUUCACUUGCCCAGAUAUAUUUUUUGAUGGAAAAAGAGUAUAUUGCCAAAUGUUAAGCUCAGCUUUGAAACAUGACCUCCAGUGAAUCAGAAAGACACUAACAAUGUUAGUGGCUUUUGGUGGUUCUGUGCCUGUUUUCAAGUGUUACCGAGGACAUACCACUGCCAUGUCAGGGGUUGCUUAUAAUGAUGCCAUGAAGACAGUCCAUUAGAUUCAGUAGGUCCCCUUUCCUAGAUCAUGGAAGAGAGGCUCCCCUUUUCAGAUAAUGAUGGAAUAGUAAUUGGGUUGAGAAUGUUGUGUGAGUUCAAAUUCUCUGUGUACAGAUAAUGUAAAAAUAUUAUGUUUAUGUGUGGGUAGAAGGAGAGGAAGCAGAACACUUUUAUAUGCUGCAUGAAAGCAUUAUCUCCUUCUUAUAGCUAUCAGUACAUUUCCUUAGGUUCUGACACCAUAUGUAAAUUAAUGUAUCCUCUGUUUUCCCUUUUGUUUACAACGUGAUAGUGUUUAUUCACUUUUCCAGGGCACAAGUCUUUAUGCUCAUACUUUGGCUGUGAUGUCACAGUUUGUUCAGUGAGGUAUGAUGUGCUACUGGAAAUGGAUUUUUUUUCAGGUUAAAUUAUUGAAAUAACAGGAUGUUCGAGCUACUCAGAAGUAUCCCUCAUUUCAUUAUUCAGUCAUGUUUGAAAAUAGGACUUGCACUGCUUUUUUUUUUUAAGUUGGUUGGGAAUUUUGAUCGCAUUUUGAUGUAGUUCAUAGUUGGGUAUAGUUGUAUAAAUGGUUUUCAACAUGUCUGAAAGUUGCUCAAGAAUGUUUCAGUUAUAGGGGUAAAUUUUGCACACAAAACAUUUUAGGCACUUUUUAACAUUCUCACUCGUGGGAAUUUUAACUGUUAAGAUUUGUUGGAAUCUUUUUAUUCUUCACAAUUUCAAUGCUUCUUUUAGUCAGAAAUGAUCCAGGGUUGAGGGAAAAUACACAUAGUGCCUUGAUUUUGAUUCAGGUGAUAACUCACCACCUUGAACUCAUUGUCUGGUUUCAUAGCAGUUUUGAAACGUUAGUACAUUUUUAGCAGCAUGUGGGUGGGUGUCAGGACCAUUGAUAUUCUCCCAAGUCCAGCUUUAAAUCACUUGGACUAGAGUUACAAAUAAGUUAGAAAUAAAAGAUGACAUCCUUAAUACUAUCAGAGUCAUUAGAGUGAUCUAAAUUAUUUUUUAAUUAAAUCAGCAUCUCCUAUAAAGCUAAAUAAUCAUUUAAAAAUACCAGUAAAUUCUCAAUAUGAUCUUUAAUAUUUCUACAAAGGAAACAUUUUUCUUUCUGUGUUCACUAUUACAUAGAAUAUUGUAACUCACAUGCUUUCUAAACAUGAACUAAGACUUCAUUUUUAUAAUACCAAAUUCCAAACAUAAUAGGUUCCAACUGAAAUUGCAUGCAUUAAAUAAUACUUUACUAGAUCUAUGGUAGUAAGUAAAAUUAUAUUUAUAAAGCAAAGGAAAAUUAUUCGUGUCUCAUUAGAAUAUCAGAAAUUAUUACCAAGAAAAAAAAGAGAACAAGCUGUGAUAAGUGAGAAUUGAUCUCAAUAAGAUUCACACUAUUAAUAGAAAAGAUUUCAAGGCAUGAAAAUAACCUGAUAUAAAAAUUGACAAAGAAACUAGAGGAAUUUUCAGUCAGGUCUUAAGACUUCCCUAAUCCUAACUCUGCUGUCAUCCUGAAAAGAUCCACUUUGUCUUUCAAUAGAAAACUGUAUCCAAUCAUUCUUGAAAUUAGAAAAUUAAUGUUGAAAAUAAAAUAACCAAAGACAGUUGGUACCUACCCUUCUACAAAAGAAGUGUCACUAGAUACCAAUCAAUAAUCAACAUAUCAAGGAGCACCUCUUAUAGCUAAGUGAGCAUCCAGAAGAGAUAACCUGACUUUCUCAGAAUGUCAAGAAUAGUUGUUAGAUAGUGUGUAAUUGAGCAUACCUACAAAAAUUGAUAUUAUACAACAUGGCAAUAGGAUCUUCUCCCCUUUCAAAUUGCCUUUCUUGAUCUUUUCAUGCCAUUCCAUAUAUCUAGUGAUAAAGGACUGAAGAUCCACAAAAGCAUUGCAUUAGAUAAGCCACAGGGUCAAUCUGUAAACUAUUCACUCACAUUCUACACCAUCAGUCCCUCCAAGUAUUUUUCAUCCUCACAAAUGUUUAGAAAAUUAUAUGAUUUUUUAAAAAUCUCUUUUCCCUUGAGCUACUUUUUUUUUUCCUGCUUAGAGUUGCUUAAAAUUCUGCUUAGAAUUUUAAAGAAGUAGCUAAUAAGUUUAUUUUCUGUAGGAAGUGUUUGGGAAGGGCUAAUAAGCACCAUCUGCGUCUUAGCACCUUCUUUUGUUUCCUUCCUACCUCUCCUAAACUUAUAGAGGUGCCCCUGCUCCCAAGAGUGGAAACUUGAACAUUCUGAUGAAGAACAGCAGUUGCUUAUUCUUCAUCCUUUUCUGUAGCCAAAGUUGUUAAUUAAAACCCCGAACAACCAUCAUGAAAAAAAAGAAACAUCUUUCAGCUACCUGAAAUAUAUCUGCUUUACUCUUAUAGAUGAUCAGGUUUUCUUGAGGAAGAAUAAAGCUGGUUGGCACUUUUUAGGUUCAGAAAGAAAGUGUUAGCUGUUCUGCCAUAGCUCUGGGUGAGAGUAGUUUUGACAACUGCAAAUGAGAACAAACUGAGGACUGCUGCUAAGAUCAGUGUCAGACCAGAGCCCAAGAUAUUCAAAAGUACUCUUGAUUUUUGAGUAGAAAAUAUUGGAGGGAAACCAAAUGGAGAGGCUAUGGGGAACAUGUAAGUAAAUAUUGUAAUUCGGUCUCCAAACUAUCUUAAGUUGAGGGUAUGAUUUGAGUUCCAUGCUUUGCUUUAUCAUUUAAAUUUAGAUCGUUUAGGAAUGUGUUGGUUAAAAAAAAAAUAAAAAGAUACCAGUGACUUUUGAGUACUGAACAAAAGAUUUGAGUACUAAACAAAAGAUUCAGUGUGGAAUAGUGGAAAUGUUUUUGACUAUUCAUAAGUGCUGUAGUUGUUGUUCAUUGCCUUAAAGUGAUCUGCUUGUAGUUUGGUAAAGAUAUUGAAGUGGUGAAAUUAUAUAAAGGGCGUUGUGAUGUUGAAAGGAUAUAAGCCCUUGUUCAAGAAGCCUUAGAAAAUAGACCCUUAAAAUAGUACUUUAUUUGCCCUGCUAUAAACAGGUGAAAAUUAUUUUAAACUGGAUAUGACUCAUUUAAAAAAUGUUCCCACUACAUUGAAGUCAACUUUUUAAAAAAGUAGAAUACAAUUAGCAUUUUACUGUAGUUUUCAUUUCUACUUUUCUAUGUUUCUUUGGUGAUUGAAAGUUUGUUGAUGGACAUUUGUGUAAAAUUCACUCAAGUCUAUAACCUUUCCAAUAUCCAUGACCCUGUUCUUAGUCCCUCGGGAGUCAGUAUUGGAAAGUAAAAACACUGGAUAUUACUAUUGCUGAGUGAGUCUAGCCAAGAUUAAGCCGAUCGUAAUUUUUAAGUCAUGGAAAAUAAACAGCACAAAAGCACUUGCCAUUUUAAUAGUGAUUGGAGAAAGAACCUUUUUAGUUUCGGUUGAGUAAACAUUCUUCUAAAAGGAGCUUCUGAAGUAAUUGCAAAGGAAAAGAGUUGACUAUUUUUAUAGCAUAUUUAAUAUAUUUGUAUAUAACUAUGAUUAUAGUAGAAACCCUCCAUAUGCCUCUCACUUUUCUAAUUUACUCCCUAUUUUGCCAUAGCACUAGUAUAGCCUCAUCCGCAUGGGUAAUGUGCCUAUUGUCAGCCUACCAAAAGAUAGUGCUGCUGCUUUCUGAGACAGGUGAGAAGACCCAACUCUCAUGCCUUGGGGAUCCUUUGUAUAGGAAUAGCACACAUCUAACACAACAUACCACAGUUUAAAAGCAUCAUUUUGAAAUGUAAUAAGCACUUUAUUGCAAUUAUCCAUUUUGAUAAAGUUUAUCUUAGGCAUUGCCAUUUCAAAAGGAUCCCCAAAUCAUCACUUAGGUGAAGUUUUUAAAUGAUACAUUUCUGAGAAAUGUUUAGAUCCAGUGAACCAUAGUAGGUUUAUGGGAGUGAUUUCAAGGUAGUCAAAUGAACUUUGACCUAUGUUUUGAAUGUGGUGGAGUUAAGAGGUUGUAGAUGUUCCAUGUAGCCACUAUUGUAAACCUAUCUUGCCUAUUGUGUGGACACCAAAAGAGACCAAUGAGCCUGUUUAUUUUCAGAGGUCUAGGAAAACUGCAUCAGUGUGAAUAGAUAGAUGUAUAGAACUAACCUAAAAGUGAGUGUAGUAAUUUUUAGAAUACAAUUAAUUUCAAGAAUUGUUAUGGGUAUUUUAAAUGUCCUCUGAAAUGUUGGCAUGUCAUUUCAGCGUUUCCAUUUGAAUUGCUCUGUGGUGUUUUUGCACAAAACUGAGAAAAAUGCUACUUUGGUUGGGGGGGGUUAUGAUUUGGUCUUAUUUUAAUGUCUAUUUUGGAGACACGGGGGGGUGACUUUUAUUGUCAAGUUAUUAAUUCAGGAUAUCUUAAAGUGCUGAACAGCUCACAAGAAAUUAAGCAGGCACGGAUAUUUUAAAUUUUCCUCCCAUGUGACUAUUUUGCAUAUUUCCCCUUGUCAUAAUUUAGCACUACAUUCCUUGUGUUUCUUAAAUAAAAUAAUACUCUGCAGGUUAUUUUGAGUAUUUAACAAUAUUUUAUAAGCUGCCUGGGUUUUCCUAAGGAAACGUUCUUCAGUGAAAUGAUUUAAUUUAUGAAGAGAAUAUUUAGUAAAAUGUCACCACCACCACCAGCAAACACUGAGGGUGCUUGCACUAAGUGACAAUCAAAUAGUAUUUAUGGAAGAAUUUAGAAGUGGUUUUAAAGAAGCAAUUGCUUUGAAAGCAGUUUUCUAGGUUUCUUGAAUAAAAAUGGCUAAAUGUAUUUAUUUAUAUUUUUAAAUAUCUGUGUUUUAUCAGUGAUUCAUUAGUGUCAUAUAUUUAAUUUGUGGUUUAUCUCAUUUGCCUCAUAAUCUUCUAUUAGAGAACUGGCUCUUGCUUGGGGAGCAGUCUUGAUCCCUCAGGAUGACUCUUGAUGGGCAGUCCCAAUCUGUUUUACUUCAGGUCAACAGUGGAGGGCCUGAGUCCAGAUAACCUUGCACUUUGGCCCUGGUCUCAUGUAAGAGAAAAUAAAACUAAUUCCUUUCAAAUCUUCCUCUUAUCUACAGCUCCAACCUUUUUCUAGUUUCACUUGCUGCCUUUUCUAUUUCAUGGGCACUUUUUAUAUGAUUACGUCCCCAACACAGCCAAAGGCCAGUAUGACAGAACCAGUGGCACAUCUCCAUUCUGCCUACUUGGGGAAAUGCUAGGAAAAAGAGCAUCUUCUAAUGGCUGUCACUAUCAUAUCCAUAUUAAAAUAUACUUAAGGUUCUUAAGUAUAGGUGGAAUAAUGUAUACACACUGCAAACUCUUCUACAAGAUUUGUUUGUCUUUAUAUAGUGUAAUGUUGCUUGCUUGGCCCUUUAAAAACAAAAACUCCGUAAUACACAGCACUGCCCUUUACAGCAGUAUUUGAACAUUCAAAGCUUAGAGAUUCGAGGAUCCUUCUUAAUGAUUUGCAUUGAAAUAUAAUUCUCUACUUUUAGAGCUCUCAAGAGUAGCUCUUGCUUAGGUCUUACAGGCCAGGUUCAGAGCAUGCUAGUACUGCUUUGAAGAUUUCAGAGAAUGAUAACUUAAAAGUACAUCAAUUACUAGUUGAGUAUUAUGUAAAAACUGUAACUCUGAGGUUAAAGAUGAUUUUUCAGAUGUAUGCUUUUAAAUUUUUGAAGAAACUGUAGUACUGUUUCAAAAGUGACAUUCAAAUGCUCUGUGUACUUUUGAGCUGGCCUGUUCUGGUGCGAGUUCACUGUGGGUGAUGGUGCCAGUACUAAAGCAUCAAGUGUAUGAUUUUUCAAGUUGAUUUAACUAGACAA